UCCAUUCAUAUCCAGAAAGUCAUAUAUAGAAAAUGAACGAUUGGGCACCUUCACUGAUAGCAGCAGCGUUGUUUGCAUUUCUUUCACCGGGUUUACUGCUGCAACUCCCUGGGAAGCAUCACCCCAUUGAUUUUAUGAACAUGAAGACCAGUGCGGCCGCCAUUUUUGUGCAUUCUGUUCUCUAUGCUUUGUUCCUCAUCUUGUUCCUUGUUGUUCUUCAUGUCCACCUCUAUAUCUAAAACUACAAACAGG